UACAUGGUGUUUGCUUAUUCUUCUCCGUGCCUUGUAUGAUAUAAAGCGAUUGCCAUAUGAUUCAUUCAUACCCGUCUAGUAUCUAUCUUACAAAAAUAUUAUACUUUUCAACGUUGGACGUGUCGGUCGUGUGUAUGGCAGGCGUGUGUUUUCGUUGUGCGCUCGAUUAGUGGAUAGUAGUAAAAAAAACUUGAUCGACAACUUUGGCAAGAUUUCUCUAUCUACUUUUGCUUCAUAGUGCAAUUUUGGUAUACCUAUGCAAUGAAAAGAAGAGAUUUUUCUUUAUAGUCAAAGAAUUUCACUCUUACAAUUUUCAACGAUUGUAUCGCUGAGGGCUAUUUAGUCAUAUUUAGUGGAAAAGGUGGACGUGCAGUUCAAUUUCGACAGUCUGGAGUGGAAUUUGGAAUAUCGACAAAGCAAUCGGUGAAGUGAAUUGAAUGAAGUGAAGAAAAAUUCGAUUGGCUCGCAGCAAAUAUGUAGAAGGGAAAAAGCAGCUGCGAAGAAUUUGCGUUAGAAAUCCAUCAAAAGCGUACAGCAGAUCAGUAAAGUGGAAAGCAAGUGUGUAACUUGUGCAAAUGUCGAAAGUCCCGAUACAUCAAUGCGCUAUCUAUUUUGGGGAAAAGGUAUAAUUGCGAUAAUCAAUUUUGUGCAAACCAGUGCGUGGUAGGAAGAGAAGAGGCGGUGUGUGUGUGAAGCAAACGAAAAGCGGUAUCGAGUGAAUUGUUGAAGGUCGCACUUGUGGCCGACUAACCGUGGUUGUAACACGAUAACAUCGAGGUAGAAGAUUAUUUUGGCUUGACGCUGGACAGCCACUUGCCGCAAAUCCGGCAAAACAAUGGCCCGGCUGACAGAAGAAAUGGUCAUUGCCAGAUCCAAACAAUCGGAUUUGGCGGCAAUUAAAAAGCUGAACUGCUGGGGAAGUGAACUAAGUGAUGUCUCCAUCAUUAGGCGCAUGCGUGGCGUGGAGGUGUUGGCAUUCAGUGUUAAUCGAAUAAGCACGCUAGCAGACUUCGAGAAUUGUUUGAAUCUUCAGGAGCUGUACCUCAGAAGAAAUAACAUCACUGACAUCGAUGAGUUGGUUUUUUUACAGAAUCUACCGAAGCUUAAACACCUGUGGCUGGAAGAAAACCCUGUGGUGGCUAGUGCUGGCCCAACUUAUCGACAGAUUGUACUGCGAGCAUUGCCAAAUCUUAAAAAAUUAGACAAUGUAGAUGUUACACCGGAGGAAGUAUCGGAAGCAAUGCGAGCGCCGGUCGCUCAGCAUCAACCAAAACAUGAGGUCCAUGAGGAUCCACCUACAACGUAUAGUCAUCAGCAACAACAACAACAACCUCCACAACAGUACCGCAAUCAAAGCCCGAUCGUCGAACAAUCACAAUCCACCACUCCAUCGUCAUCUGCGCCCAUGUUGCCUCCACAGCAGAUGAGCCCGGAAAAUACGGAAUCGGAAUGUAUCAGCGAUCCGGCUGAUCGUGGGUCUCUACCGUCAUCGCCACUGCAGCGAAGUCCUCUGAAUCGGGAUAGUUAUUCCCCUCCAGCACAACCCUCGCACGCAUCGCACUACUCCAGCAAUCACCGUGGUUCCUAUCACCAGUACGAUAGGUCACCCGGUUCCGAUCAAGACAGCCCAGUUUCUGGUUAUAGGGAACGUGUACCGAUAGCACCGAGUAUUUCUACACAUUCUAUGAAGGAAUAUUACCAAUCGGACUACCAGCGGCAGAAUCCACCGGCGCACUACCGUCACAGUCAACUGGAUCUUACAGAAUGGGAGGAGGGCAAUCAAACAGCGCAUCAAAUCAAUAACAAUAAUGGUCACUCGUCAGGCCACAUCAACAACUACCAGCAGCAACAAAGCCAACCGCAACAGCCACACGGCCAUUCAAACUAUCCCCCGAACCGACGAAGCAUUGGUGCAAACAGCGAAAGAGAUCUUUAUCAAUACCGCAAUGGCAAUGGAAAAGGACCUGAUUCGCGUGAUGAGUGGGAAGAUGUCGACCGUCGGAGAAAUGAGAACAAACGAUCGGACUCCAGAUUUAACGACAAUGCCAGUGUGAUAUCGAAUGCAGUUCUCAAUCAUUUUGCUGGUGUUCAUCGAAGGCCUGUGAAUAGAAACUCCAAUUUGCUGUCGGCAACUUUAUGUUUGGUGAAAGAGCUGGACUACCCUAGUUUAGAGGUGGUUGAACACGCAGUUCGGUGCCGCAUAGAUGAAUUGGCAGAGUAGUCCUGUUUAGUAUAUAAAUCGGUUUUGUUAGUUUAAUGUCUUGCUAACCUUCUAAUUGUUCUCGACUCUCAAUAUACGUCAGCUCAACCUGGGGGCUCAAAUAUUACAGAACACACUUUUAUACUGGAUCUUGACCAUUAGUCAUCUGCUAUAACAAAUACGUACUGCUGAAUUCUAUUUUGUUAUUUUUUUAAUCUUCUCGUUGUUUAUCAACAUGGUUAAAACAAAUUCAAUAAAAGCGAGAACGUAAAAACUGAGAACAGGCCUUGAGAAGCAACAAGUGUGCAACAGUUUUCAAAUGGUAACAAAAUAACUUAAAUGAUUUGUGAUUUAUAUUAAUUGAGAAAAGACUUAACCACAUGCCAGCAUGAAUGAAUAGGAGCAUGAAUAAAACAGCUGAAUGAUAACGAAACAGAAUAAUUGUAAUCAUUAAAAGAAAAAAAUAAAACAGCAAUGAACAAGAACACAAUAAUCUGCCAACUUUGUAAUAGAAACUAGAAAUAGUGUUAGCCGUUCCAGGAAACUAACCUUUGAUGUACAUCCUACCUUAAAAACAUGCUAAAUGCGUACUCGAAGUUAAAAAUGUACUCUAGUUUUAAUUUAUGCUCUUUCCGUGAUCAACGUUACGAAGAUAAACUAAGUUUUAGCUUCUAAUGCCUUCUAAGUUCUCUCCCUCAUCCCCCAGAAGCUUUAAGAUCUAUAUAAUGAAUUAUUUAGCAAUAUUUUGCAAGUAAACAGUCCAACAUUCAGUACAAAUGUAGAUGAGAAAAACGGAAAACUAUGUGAAGGAUUACAUUAGUCACACAUUUUCACCCAGUUGCACUGAUGCCAAGAAAUGAGUGACGAUAAGAAAGUUUUUAUGAAAAAAUAAAGAGUCGUAGGUACUAUGUCAACAGAGGUACCAUGGAAUAAUGAAGGUUUGUGUUCAGGUUUAUUUUGGUAUGCCUUCAUUCAAGUGCUUUUAAAUAGCGACAUCUGUUCCUCAAAUAAAACCAGUCAUACGCGAUUACGUCCACGAAUAAUUUGGUUUUUAUGUUUCGGCAGCAAGAUAAAUCCAUGAAUAGGGUUAAUAAUAGAUUCAAGAUAGUAAGAGGGAGGAUGGCGUUUUAGAACGUUAACUAAUGAUGUAGAUACGCAUGACAAAUGCGGAAGCUGUGUAAAACAAGAAUUUAAUAAAUAACUACUAACA